AUGAUUUCGGGCAUCCUCGUCUUCAACCAAAAGGGCGAGAACCUCAUCUUUCGUGCCUUCCGCAAUGACUGUCGCCCGCGUCUCGCCGAUGUCUUCCGUAUCCAGGUCAUCUCGAACCCUCUAGUCCGCUCGCCUAUCUUGACUCUCGGUUCCACCACCUUCAGCCAUGUCAAGCACGAGAACAUCUUCAUUGUCGCCGUCACAAAGGGCAAUGCCAAUGCUGCCCUGGUCUUUGAGUUCCUCUAUCGCUUAAUUCAGCUGGGCCGCUCCUAUUUCGCCAAGUUCGACGAGGAGGCUGUUAAGAACAACUUUGUCCUGAUCUAUGAAUUGCUCGAUGGUCCGUCCCAACUCGCUCUUUACACUCCGACAGUCUGCUCACCACAUGUCCAGNAAAUCCUCGACUUUGGCUAUCCUCAAAAUACCGAUACCGACACUCUCAAGAUGUACAUUACCACCGAAGGUGUCAAGUCCGAGAGAAACCUCGUAGUACGCCCAUCUAGCUCGCCAUCUGUAACUUCAAUCGCUUACACUUCAACAGNNGAGGACUCGUCCAAGAUCACCAUGCAAGCUACCGGUGCCAUGUCCUGGCGACGAGACAACAUCAAAUACCGCAAGAACGAAGCCUUCGUCGACGUUAUCGAAGAUGUCAACCUUCUCAUGUCCGCCAACGGAACAGUCUUGCGUGCCGACGUCAAUGGCCAGAUUGAAAUGCGCGCCUACCUCUCUGGUACCCCUGAAUGCAAGUUUGGCCUCAACGACCGCCUCACCCUGGGCGAGGAAGCCCUGGCCUCACCUUCUGGAAACAUGGCUGGUACAAAGGCUACAAAGGCUGCCGCCGGUAGUGUCACCCUCGAGGAUUGUCAAUUCCAUCAGUGCGUGCGUCUGGGUAAAUUCGACACCGACAGGACCAUCUCCUUUAUUCCCNCCGACGGUAGCUUCGAGCUGAUGCGAUACCGUGCUACCGAGAACAUCAACCUACCCUUCAAGGUUCAUGCCAUUGUCAACGAGAUUGGAAAGACAAAGGUCGAGUACAGCAUUGCCAUCAAAGCAAACUAUGGCGCAAAGCUCUUCGCCACAAACGUCGUCAUCCGCAUCCCAACUCCUCUCAACACUGCUUCCAUCACCGAAAGAACUUCUCAGGGCAAGGCCAAAUACGAGCCCGAACACAACAACAUCGUUUGGAAGAUUGCGCGCUUCACUGGUGGCUCCGAAUACGUGCUCAGCGCUGAAGCUCAACUUACCUCCAUGACCAACCAAAAAGCCUGGAGUAGACCACCCUUGAGCCUGAACUUCUCACUGCUCAUGUUUACGAGCUCAGGCUUGUUGGUCAGAUACCUCAAGGUCUUUGAAAAGAGUCAGUACAGCAGUGUCAAGUGGGUGCGGUAUAUGACACGGGCGGGCAGUUAUGAGAUACGGUAA